ACAAACCAAGUGGAAAUUUAUCGUGAGAAUGCAGUUGGAAGUUUCACGUGCUGAUAAUUAUUUAUCAUUCCCUUUCGAUGAAAAUUUGUGAUCGAUUUAGUCGUAAAUCUUGCAGUUGUUGUGAUCAGCGGAAGUUUUUUCGGAACCGGUUUGCAGUCCAUUUCAGUCUUCAGACUAUCGUGUGAUCUACGUAAAUAAUCUUUUCAGAGCUGCGUGUUUUUUGCGGAUAUCUCGGAUUCGUAUCGCACAGAAUCUGGUUGAAUUGCAAGAGAUACUGUAGAGAUCCACAGUUCUGGCCUUACAACUUAAGAUUAGUGGAUCUACUGACCUUGGCAUUAGUUCAUGGUCGAUUAUCUUGAUCCGUCUGCCAUCGAAAACGAAAUGGAAAGUGUCGACGAUCCUAUCAGCAGCAACGAAACUGAUAGCCAAACUCAUUUGCUAUCUGGGGUACAUGAUGAAGAGAAUAUAAAUGAAUCGGAGCAAAUGCUGAAACAAAGCAGCGAAAUGAUUGCUCGAGAAGGUUUGCGUGAAAGGAUGACAGCUCGAAGACGAAGCAGAUUGGAAUGCGAUUCUGCGGAAGGGGAAGAGAUACUGCUUGAUCCCAAGGAAUUUCCCCCGCUCCCUGAAGCGAGCGAUCCCUCAAUAUUUGAGGAAAUGCGAGCGGAUGGAGAAGCCGCUUUGGCAGCUGGCAUGGAGUUUCUUUCUGAGACGAGUGAGAAAGCCCAGCGCAUAAUUCAGCGCGUGAUAACUGAUGUCUGGAAACAGACACAUUUUCACCAUUUGCCCGAAUGGCUCAAGGAUAACGACUUUCUCCACUUUGGACAUCGACCUCAGAUCCAGUCUUUCAGAGAGUGCUUCAAAUCCAUAUUUCGUAUUCACACCGAAACUGUGAAUAUUUGGACUCAUAUGAUUGGUUGCAUAGCUUUCGUAGCUGUGGCUACCUACUUUCUGGCUGCUGAAAAUUUUGCUUGGACAGAAAAGUGGAUGUUUUCCGCAUUUUUCGCCGGUGCGGUCCUGUGUUUGGGGUUCUCCUUUCUGUUUCACACUGUGUAUUGUCACUCACAGUCCGUCGGUAAAUUUUUCUCAAAGUUGGAUUACUGUGGGAUUGCUCUUCUGACUCUGGGCUCAUUUGUACCCUGGCUGCACUUCGGAUUUUAUUGUCGCUCAGUGGCAAAGCAUAUUUAUAUUGGAGUUAUAUCGGUCCUAGCCAUUACCGCCAUCGUUGUGUCACUGUGGGAUAAAUUUAGCGAGCCCGCCUAUCGAGCUUUGCGUGCCGGAGUAUUCGUCGCCCUUGGCUUGAGCGGCGUAAUUCCGGCCAUUCAUUAUGUGUCCUCUGAAGGGUGGGUUCGGUCGGUGCACGAGGGCUCUAUGAUCUAUUUAGUCCUAAUGGGCGUCCUUUAUGUUUCGGGAGCGGUACUGUAUGCGUGCCGUGUUCCUGAACGCUGGUUUCCUGGUCGAUUUGACAUUUGGUUCCAAAGCCAUCAGAUCUUCCAUGUGUUGGUGGUGAUCGCCGCCUUUGUGCAUUAUCAUGGAAUUUCGCUUAUGGCCAACCAUCGGUUUACCCUUGGUGCAUGUCCGCAGAUUUCGGACACAGCUUCUUGGUUUGUCAGUUAAACAAUGUUGGGGCGAAUAGCCUACCUGUAAAAAGUGGAACAACCCGUGUUUAAAGAGUUAUCGGUGAAUUUACGGUGGAUUUUAAUCUGUUUUGACUGAUUUUAGUAUUACUUGGCUGUUUUUAUUAACGGUUUGCCCUGUAUCUUCCUUGCUGAGUGGCAUUUUGAGUUCAAACAUUUAUUGGACAGCGUGUUGACCUGCGAGCUCUCAACUAACUGUGUUAUCUUUCUUUUACCCGAUAUCUUUAUUUCUGCUGUUUGAUGCCAUCAUAUUCGUCUUUCUUCGCCGGUUAAUUUGAUGGUGUGUAAAUUAAAUAUAAAUAUUAUAGU